GGACGCCGCGCGCGCGAUCGGGGCGGGGUUCGCUGGAGGUCACGAGACGUCGAUGUCGACGAUCUUGAUGGACAUCACGUUCAACAAGAAGUUCGUGGUGGAGAAGGUGGCGGACGGCGCCGUGCAGGUUGGGGACGUGGACUCGGCGGUGGCGGCGGUGGGCGGGCGCCCGGGCCACGUGGGGGCCGUGGUGAUCAAGGUCGUUGAGAGCAAGCUGGUGCAGCGCAGCGUGGUGAGGGGGGACCGGGGCGGCAGUGAUCGGAGCGUCGAGGUGAUGGAGGUGGAGCUUGCGGUUGAUGGUGGGGCGGCUUCGUCGGCUUCGCGUCUUGUGGUGAACGUGCGGGGCAAGGGCGUGCGCGUGCUGCAGGGCGCUUGUCUGGAGGGCGGGCGGGGGCCGCCGUUCCCGGUGAUGGUGCACGGCUUGGUGUUGCGGCCGGCGGGGGAGGGCAAGCUGAGGGCCGCGCUGAGGGGUGGCGGGGUGAUUCGGCCCGUGGAGGCGCCGGCGCUGGUGAAGUGGUACGAUGAGGUCAAGGAGGACCUGGUGGUGGCUACGAAGGCGUGCAGGCAGCCGACCUUGGCCGACGCCGCAGCGGUGACUGGCGCUGAGUUGCGCGACUUGGUGGAGGAGAUCGAGGGAGGGUCCCUGGAGGAGUUGAAGUACGUGAAGGUGGCGGGGUCCUUGGAGCAGGUCUACCGCAAGAGGGCGCCGUACUGCGACGCGUGUUUGGAGAGGACGGCGGAUGGGCGGACGUGCUACACGAAGACGGUGGGGGGUCACUGCUGGCGGUGCGACAAGGAGGUGGCGACGGAACCGUUCAUGUUCGCGCGUGUGCAGCUGCUCUCGGAAGAUGGGGCGAGGGCGUGGCUGACCGUCUUGGGGGCUGCGGGGGAGGAGUUCCUAGGCGUGACGGCGCGGGCGGUGGCAGAGUUGGAGCGCCGGUCUGUGACCAGUGGUGAUGCGAGCCGGUCGAACCUGGACGCCGUCGUGAGGGACGCGAAGGACCCCCUUGCGGCGGGUGCGGCGGGCGAUGGCCAGGAGGUGGGGCGGAGCACGGCGGCGGGCUCGGGGGGGCGCGGCGGCGGAUUCGGGUUCGGCGGCGCUGAGCACGGCGGCGCCGAGCACGUCGGCGGGUUCGGGUUUGGCGGCGGCGGCCCUGCCGAGAUGGCGGGGUCGGGCACG